ACGGUGUUGUGAGCGGGCAGCGCGCAGGCGCGGUUGUUAGCGGGGAGAUAGCGGCAGCGUGAGGGAUUCAUUCCACUCUUGGGUGCUGGGGUCUGCAAGGUUUCUCGCCCCUUCAGCCAUGAGUGUAACUAAAGGUGGCCUGGCGCUGUUUAGUGCCAACUCGAAUACAGCCUACGCAGAACUGGCCAGGAAGAUUUCAGAGCGGCUUGGCGUAGAACCGGGUAAAGUUCAAGUCUACCAAGAAGCUAACAGAGAAACAAGAGUACAGAUUCAAGAAUCUGUCAGAGGAAAAGAUGUGUUUAUUAUUCAGGCUGUUUCAAAGGAUGUCAACACCACCAUUAUGGAACUUCUUAUUAUGAUCUAUGCCUCUAAGACGUCAUGUGCCAAGAACAUCAUUGGUGUAAUCCCUUACUUUCCAUACAGCAAGCAAUGCAAGAUGAGGAAACGAGGUUCGAUUGUGUCCAAACUUCUGGCAUCAAUGAUGUGUAAAGCUGGCUUGACCCACCUGAUUACAAUGGAUUUGCAUCAGAAAGAAAUCCAGGGAUUUUUCAAUAUUCCAGUUGAUAAUCUACGAGCGUCCCCAUUCCUGUUACAAUACAUUCAGGAAGAGAUCCCUGACUACAGGAAUGCAGUGAUAGUUGCAAAGUCACCCGCAUCUGCCAAAAGAGCGCAAUCUUUUGCUGAACGGUUGCGUCUAGGAAUCGCAGUGAUUCAUGGUGAAGUGCAAGAUGCAGAGUCGGAUUUGGUAGAUGGUCGGCAUUCACCGCCCACGGUGAAAAAUGCAGCAGCCAUACAUCCGAGUCUGGAAAUUCCAAUGGCGAUUCCAAAGGAAAAACCUCCAAUCACGGUUGUUGGAGAAGUUGGAGGAAGGAUAGCUAUUAUUGUGGAUGACAUAAUUGACGACGUUGAUAGCUUUGUAGCAGCUGCAGAUACAUUGAAGGAGAGGGGUGCUUACAAAAUUUACGUAAUGGCAACCCAUGGGCUUUUGUCUUCAGAUGCACCCAGAUUAAUAGAGGAAUCAUCAAUUGAUGAGGUGGUAGUAACCAACACCAUCCCACACGAAUUACAGAAACUCCAAUGCCAUAAAAUAAAGACCGUUGACAUCAGCAUGAUCUUGUCCGAGGCUAUUCGAAGAAUCCACAAUGGUGAAUCAAUGUCUUAUCUAUUCCGAAAUAUUGGUAUGGAUGAUUGAAAUGGUGUUCCCUAAUGGCCAUCGAGGUCUACCUUUACUUAACUUGCUGGAAAGGUAUCGUGAUUCGCUGGUACAAAAUCAUUAUUUUCUACGAAAAGAGGUCAACAUUUGUAAAGUGAAUUUUUAGGAAACGAUGCAGAACAUAGAAACUGCUUAGCAAAGAAGUCUGAAAUAUUUUGUAAAAGCUAAGUAAGACUAAAUUCCCUCAUUGUUUUAGUUGCUUGCGUAUUUAGGAGUAUUGUGAUAGGAUUUACCCAUCACAGUCUUAAAAUUGCUCUUGAAGAUUACCUUCUCCAAGCUAACAUGGCAGCACAGGAAAGAAUAUCAAAUAUAACCAUCUGAAAUAACCAAUCUGGAUAGUGUUCAUUUCUACUGUUGCUCCAGUGACUGUACUUAAAAAGUACUUUUGGUUUUAAAGUGACACUGACAUUGAAAGAUGCUAUAUGAAUGAGAGUUAUUUCUAAUAUUUAAAGCUGAAAUUUGUUUUAAAGUUAACGUAUCAAUGUUGCAUUUGGUGAAUUAGUUGGAUAGUUUGAAUCAUUUGGUAUUAAUUUUCUGUAUAAGGAAGAAAAUUGGAUUGUUCCAUGUGGCGUUUGGCCCAUUUCUAAAAUUGAAUUUAAAAGCUAUUUUAAUAAAACAUUCCCCUAAGAU